AUGCCCUCGGUGAUCGGAAAUAUGGAUGAAGAUACACCAAAAGCUUUUAACUUAUACAGAAAUAAAAAAUUAUUGUCUCAUGGUAUGAUGGACGUGGCACUAUUUUCUGCAAAUGCAAAUCAACUAAGAUAUGUAUUAGAAAAUAGCGAUGGUAGCGCCCUUUACGUCAUCUGUGUUGUGCUAUUGUUGAUAAGCAUAUUUUUACAGAUUUUAGUUGGCGUAGCGCUUUUACUAAGUGCUCGGUACAAUGUGACCAAUUGUGACCAACGACGAAUGGCAUUUAAAUUGGGAAAUUACGUCAUUGUCGGUAUAUUCCUUAUAACGGUCGUCAAUAUUUUCAUAACGUCAUUUGGAGGACCAACAGUAAGUUCACCUGCAGUAGUGUUGUCAACUCUUGUGACUGAGCAACCAAAUGUAUUAUUAUAGAUCAAGACUAUAGAUUUAUCAU